GUUAGCAAACAAACAAUUAAGUGAUCAAGAUCUCUUGUCUUGUUUCCCAAGUUCUCCACAUGUGGCAAACUAAAUUUUGCUCAAUUUGAUUUUCCGACUGUGAAUUCAGUACUUAGAGGAUGUAUUCUUCCUAACACGAAGGUGUAUCUCCUCUCUUCUUACAUUAAUCAGAAUUUAGAAUCAUUGUAAGUUUGUAACAAGGAAUGAUGAUAAAUUAAUGCAAAUCCAAAAAACAAAAGGAGGUUCUGAAAUUACGAUACCUAUAAGGAUUAGGAAAGGGUUUGUCGACUUGAGCUCUAUUUAUAUAUAUUUACUUGCAUGCUCUUGAGAUCAACACAACAACAACGAAGUAAACUAUCUAUAUAUAUAUAUCUUCUGAUUAUCGAAUACUUGCUUGAGUAUUGAUAAUAGGCUAGCUGAUCAAAUAUUUUAUUUAUUCAUAUUUUGAUAGGAUACAUAUAUAGAAGGAAGCAUGGCAGAAAGCACAAAAAGGAAAUUUGAGAGAGUAGAUUUUCUCAGUGAUCAUGUUAUGGCAUUGAAAGAAGCGAUACACGCUGACUUCAUCCUCAAACCUGGUGAUAAUGGACCAGGCAUCCCCACCCAUAAAGCUGUUCUGGCAGUGAAAUCAAAAGUGUUUAGAAGCAUGUUGGAAACUGAUGAAUGCAAAGUUUCACCUGAGAAAUCAAUCACUAUCCAUGACCUAAGCUACGGAGAACUCGAGUCUCUCCUUGAAUUCUUCUACAGUGGUACGUUGAGUCGUGACAACAAACAUGUUCGAGCCCUCUAUCUCGCUGCGGACAAGUACGACAUUCAAUACCUCCAAGAUAUUUGCAGAGAAAUAUUAAUCUCGUCUCUAAGCUCUGAAAACGUUCUUGACAUCAUCCAACUUUCAAAUAUCCCUUCGGAUGCAAUCCUCAAGGCAGCUGCGAUAGUUUUCCUUCUCAGAAGAAACAUAGGCAUGAUUUUUCAAAAGAGUUUUGAAACAUUUGCACUUAAGGACCCUAGUACGACCUUGGAGAUCUUUCAAGCCUGUAUAAGAAUCCUGCGUGCACUCAGCCGAAAACCAACACAGCCAAAUUAAAUGCCAAUUCUAGACUCUGCCUCUCGUUUGAUUCACACAAGAAAACUAAAUACAUGAUUAAUACUAUUUGUGAUUUUUGCUAAUGUUAUAGAGAAAUUAUACUCUAUAUACAAGAUUUUUACUUAUAUAGCCAAGUAAACUGCCAAAUACUAUUAUUAAAUUAUAAAAAUAUGAAUAUAUAUUCAUAAUUCUAAAAUAACAAGUCAAGCAAAAUACAAUC